UAAUAGAACUGCCUAAUAUUACCUCUUUUCUCUUGCUUAAUGCUAUACCUUAGACAUGCUCUUCCUUUUGCAGGUAGCUGAGAGCUUGGAGCUGGUAAGAAGGAAAUUAAUUGUUGUUUGAUAAAGAGUGAAAGCAUUCCUUGCUUGGGCAUUUAAUUGAAGAAAGGAACCAAGUAUAUUCUUUAGAAAACAAGUUUAUCUCCAAAUUCAAGUAGGCAUAGAGAGAUAUAACACACAACAUCAGAAAUGCUUUGUGGGAGAUUGGGCAUGCUGGUCCUAUAUGGGUUUGAGAAAGCUAAUUAACCAUCAAAAGUGGAGGCAGUCAUAUUUCUUUCUUGCAUCUUUGGUUCUCGGAUUUGCCUGUGUAAUUCAUCAAGUGCAAGAGGCCUCCAAGUACAAGGCACUUCACUGUCAUCAAAAACAGGAAGUCUUUGUUUGAAGAUUAAGAAGCACAUUACUAAUACAAGUGUUAUUCUUCUUCACAUCUCAGGCAUUGAAAACUUCCAGAAUGCACAGUAUUAGUUGUGUCACCUAUGAAGCCAGAUUCCUCUGCUUCAACAAUUCUGUAGACAUGAGGAAGGGGAAUAUGGAUUUUUUGCAUCCAUGUACUGCUAAUAGAGUAACUGAGAGUCCCGGGUUUAAAGAUGAAGUUCUUAUCAACUUCAUUCAUGGUCUUUUGGAUGUAAAGGUGCUUACUCUUGAGGAGCCUGAACGUGGUCUUACCAUCGUCAAGCUAACGCAUGUGGAUGUUCCUGAAGAAGACAGUGCCCAAUAUUUCAGAGGCAGUCCAUCACAUCCAACAGCAAAUGAAGCUUCCACUAACACAAAAGAGACUUCCAAGCAGAUGAACCAAUGGAUGACACUGAUGAAGAACUCAUGUAAUGAUUGGUUCGAACUUUGAAUGUAUAAUAUUUUGCUAAGAACUAACCAUAUUUGUCAGUUGUAUAUAAACGUCUUGGGUGCAACAUCUUUCUUUUGGUCAAUAGAAUAUCAAAGUUUUGAAAACUGUAAAAUGUGAAUGAUAAGAUUGGUUAAA